UACAUACAUUGUGUGUGAGAGAGAGAGGAGUAUAUAUAAAGUAUUCAUUGAAUACUAGUGUUAAUUGUCAUCACUUUUUGUUGUAUACAUGACUAGCGUUUAGCCGGUAUUUAGACUAUUUGUGGUCACAAUUAUGGGAUCAAUUGGACACAAGACACUAGUUUUCUUGUUAAUAGUAUCAUCACUAAUAGGCAUAAGUUUGGCCAACGAUGAUGUCGAGGGCGAAUCAAUUGGUGUGACAGUUGAUCAAGACUUGGGUGCCCAACGAGAAGGUUCGCGAACUGACGAUGAAGUAGUAGCCCGUGAAGAAGAGGCCAUCAAAUUGGAUGGUCUGUCCGUAUCGCAGAUGAAACAGAUGCGCGAAUCGGCCGAAAAGUUUGUCUUUCAGGCCGAAGUCAAUCGUAUGAUGAAAUUGAUUAUCAAUUCAUUGUAUCGAAACAAAGAGAUAUUCUUACGUGAAUUGAUAUCCAAUGCUUCCGAUGCUUUGGAUAAAAUCCGUUUGUUGUCGUUGACCGACAAGAGUGCACUGGACUCGACACCGGAGCUAACAAUUAGGAUCAAAGCCGACAAAGAUAACAAUAUGUUGCACAUUACCGACACCGGUAUCGGUAUGUCCAAGCAAGAGCUGAUCAACAAUUUGGGAACAAUAGCCAAAUCGGGUACAUCCGAGUUCUUCAAAAAGAUGACCGAAACAAAAGAUUCGGGCGAAAUGUCCGAUUUGAUUGGCCAGUUUGGUGUCGGAUUUUAUUCGGCAUUUUUAGUAGCCGACAAAGUGGUGGUAACAUCGAAGAAUAACGAAGAUCCUGUACAACAUAUCUGGGAAUCAGAUUCAGCCGAGUUUACCAUUAGUGACGAUCCGCGCGGCGAUACUCUGCUGAGAGGAACAACCAUAUCGUUGGCACUGAAAGACGAGGCCAAAGAUUUCCUACAAGAAGACACUCUAAGAAAUUUGAUUCGCAAAUACAGUCAGUUUAUUAAUUUCAAAAUCUAUUUGUGGUCGAGUAAGACGGAGUCGAUAGAAGAACCAAUUGAUGACGAUUUGGAUUCGGAUCAGACAACCGAAUCGAAAACAACAACUACUGCUGCAGACGAAGAUGGAGAUGUCAAAGUUGAAGAUGAAAAGGAGGAGAAAAAGCCAAAAACCAAAAAAAUCGACAAAACUGUCUGGGAUUGGGAACUGCUGAACAGUUCGAAACCAAUUUGGACCCGAAAACCAAAUGAAAUAACUGAUGAAGAAUAUAAUGAAUUUUAUAAAUCAAUUACCAAAGAUUCCGGCGAACCACUGGCCAAAACACAUUUCAUUGCCGAAGGAGAAGUAACAUUCAAAUCCCUGCUGUUUGUACCCAAAUCGCAACAAUCGGAUACAUUCAACAAAUACGGUACAAAAACCGAUAACAUUAAACUGUAUGUCCGUCGGGUAUUCAUCACGGAUGACAUGCAAGAUAUUAUACCCAAUUAUUUGAGUUUUAUUCGUGGCGUUGUCGACAGCGACGAUCUACCAUUGAACGUCUCCCGCGAGAACCUCCAACAACACAAACUAUUGAAAGUCAUACGAAAGAAGUUGGUCCGCAAAACGUUGGAUAUGUUGAAAAAGUUAUCGGACGAAGACUACGAAAAGUUUUGGAAAGAGUACUCGACUAAUAUCAAACUCGGUGUCAUCGAAGACACUACCAAUCGGGUUCGAUUGGCCAAACUUUUGCGAUUCAAUUCAUCGACAGUAGGAUCAGCUAAGCUGACAUCGCUGGCCGACUAUGUGCGCCGUAUGAAAGACAAACAAGACAUGAUCUACUAUAUGGCCGGUACAUCCUAUGAGGAGGUUUCCAGUUCGCCGUUUGUCGAACGACUACUGAAAAAAGGCUACGAAGUACUCUAUCUGACCGAUGCUGUCGACGAAUAUGCCAUCUCUGCUCUGCCAGAGUUUGAGUCGAAGAAAUUCCAAAAUGUAGCCAAAGAUGGCCUAAAACUGACUGAUAACGAACGAUCCAAAGAAAAACAGGAAGCCCUGGAAAAAGAAUUGGAACCAUUGACCAAAUGGCUGACCGAGGAUGUACUUAAAGACAAGAUUGCCAAAGCACUGGUAUCACAGCGUUUGCAUGACUCGCCCUGCGCACUGGUAGCCUCUCAAUUCGGUUGGACCGGUAAUAUGGAACGAUUGGCCCGAAGUAAUGCCCACUCGAAAUCGCAGGACACUAUGCGUGACUUUUAUUUAAGCCAAAAGAAGACACUCGAAGUGAAUCCCAGACAUCCGCUCAUCAAAGAACUGUUGCGCCGUAUAGAAGCCGACAAACAGGAUCCGACCGCCACCAAUAUGGCACUAUUGAUGUACGAAACGGCAACACUGAGGUCAGGGUUUAUGUUGGCCGAUACGUCGUCUUUUGCACAACGAGUCGAGACACUAUUGCGUAAGACUUUGGGCGUCGACGAGUCGGCACAGGUCGAUGAGGACGAUGACGAUGAAGGCGAUGACAAUAAUGGCAAUAAAGGCAGUGAUAAUAUCGAGACAUUAGAUGCCGAACAAGAGCUGACACAUGAAGAGCACGAAGAACUUUAAUAAUUAAUUUAAUAUUUUUUUUAAUUAUUAAUAAUUAG